GAAAUUAUAGGUUUCUGGUAAAGCCAUUUGCUGGUUUAUUUCAGAGGAGCUGAGAGAAGAUCAGAGCUCAGUUCCUUCAGGACAGGCUUUAAACACAAACAGGUUCACUUCUCCCUGCUCCUCUUUCCCAUGUAACAUUCUUACGUGUAUCCCUGUGGGCUCUAUUCUGUUUCACAUACGUACAUGAGUACUUUCCUCUGUGAAUCUUUGAUCGUGAAGAAAAUAUCCAUGGAAGCAGUUUGAAAAGGCACAAAUUUCUAAACCAUCCAAUUACCUGUGUAAAGGACAAUGACUCUCCAGCGCAUUUCUUUGCCUGAGCUUAGUGUUGGAAGAUAAAAGAAAUAAAUUGAUUCUUGGGGAAUACCAAAUACCUGCAUAAUCCUGAAUAUGGUCACUGACUGGCUUUGCUAACUGUACAAAAAUGUACCGUUUCCUGAGAAAUGAAAAAUCUUUUUGCUUUCUGCUAUUAACUCUGCUGGCAGUCUUGAAAGGUUCCUUGCAAUGUGAGACCGAAGAGAAGCUUUUUCAAAAGCUGUUGGCACGUUACAACCAACAUAUCAGACCAGUAGAAAAUGUGUCUGAUCCUGUUAUGGUACAUUUUGAGGUAGCAAUCACUCAGCUUGUUAAUGUGGAUGAAGUUAACCAGAUCCUGGAAACAAACUUGUGGCUUCGUCAUAUAUGGAAUGACUAUAAAUUGCAGUGGAAUCCUGAAGAAUAUGAUGGGAUUGAAUUUAUGCGCAUUCCAGCAGACAAAAUAUGGAAGCCUGAUAUUGUUUUGUACAACAAUGCUGUUGGGGAUUUUCAAGUAGAAGGAAAGUCAAAAGCUUUAGUAAAAUACAAUGGGUUGAUAACAUGGAGUCCACCUGCAAUAUUUAAGAGUUCUUGCCCAAUGGAUAUUACUUUUUUCCCCUUCGACCAUCAAAACUGUUCAAUGAAGUUUGGAUCCUGGUCAUAUGAUAAAGCUAAAAUUGACCUUGCCAUCAUUGGUUCAAAAGUGGACAUGAAAGAUUUCUGGGAGAACAGUGAAUGGGAAAUAGUUGACGCUUCUGGCUUCAAGCAUGAUAUUAAGUAUAACUGCUGUGAAGAAAUCUACACUGACAUAACCUAUUCUUUUUACAUCAGAAGACUACCCAUGUUUUACACCAUAAAUCUAAUAAUGCCCUGCCUCUUUUUAUCAUUCUUAACAGUUCUGGUUUUCUACCUUCCAUCAGACUGUGGGGAAAAGGUUACCUUGUGCAUCUCUGUUCUGCUUUCCUUGACUGUGUUUUUGUUGGUAAUAACUGAAACAAUUCCAUCAACUUCCCUUGUAAUCCCACUUGUGGGUGAAUAUCUUUUGUUUACAAUGAUUUUUGUAACUCUGUCUAUUGUAGUUACAGUAUUUGUGUUAAACAUUCACUACAGGACUCCAACAACCCACAAAAUGCCCAUGUGGGUUAAGGAUGUAUUUUUGAAACGUCUGCCAAAAUUAUUAAUGAUGAAAAAAACUGUAGAGAAAAAGAACCGACCAUAUUCUAAACAAAACAGGAAAAAAAGCUGUGAGAAAUCAAGUGAAUUGGUAGACUCUGAAAGCGCAGAGGUGGAGCAGUUUGAAGACGAGUCUUGUUACCAUUGCAUGAGAUCAAAAGAACAAAGCUCCAGGGUCAGAAGGAGGCAACAAAGGGACUCUAAUGGUGCAGUUCAAGAAUGUUCAUCUGAGUUGACUGAGGUGGUUGACAGCAUUCAGUUCAUGGCCGGAAAUAUCAGAGAUCACAACGAAAGAAAAGAGGAAGAAGAUGACUGGAAGUAUGUUGCCAUGGUCAUUGACAGAGUUUUCCUUUGGGUAUUUAUCCUCCUGUGUGUUGUAGGAACCACUGGCUUAUUUUUACAGCCUAUGAUAGAUGGUAACUAAUUCUAGAACAGUGCAUACUUGUGGAAAUAUGCUCUUACAAGACAUAACACAUGGUAGAGCAGCAGUAUAAGAAAACGGCAAAAAUGUUAUCACUCGUACAAAUCCAUACACAAUGCAUGUGCACACAGAUACGGGCUUUAGGCUUUAUUAGUUUGAAUGGUCAACACAGAAAUAAAUACUGCUCAUAAAAUUUCAUGUUCUGCAAUUUCUUUGUGAAGAGUACAUAUAGAUUGUGCUCAUAUGUUAAUUCACAAAUUAAAUCUUUCUGUCCAAAGAUCAGUAUAUCAUCACACAGAAAACACCACUCAGAGCAUUAAUUGCUUAAAAUGUUAAAAUGGAAUCAUUAAAAAAAAUUCUUAAAAUAAAACCAGUAAGGAAACUUGUUCCUUAGACUCCA